UUGGGUAGCGGUAGAAUUGUACGUAAUGACUCGAAUAUUCAUACAUGUUGCAGUUAAGAGCUAUUGAAUACUUCUUCCACACUAUAUAAGGAAGGCAGCUUUCUCAUAAACAAAAACAGAUAUACUUGAUUGGCUACCAGCUACACGUUUGUGGUCAUACUGCAUCAUACACGUCCGUGGUGUGUAUGGAUUCGAACGGGUGUACUUCUAUACUGCUUGUUUGCUAUCCACAAUACACACAACACUGUUAAGGGAAACAAGGCGAUAAGCAUUGUCUAGGCCUUAUCAAUUGCCAUUGGAGCUAACAACAUCGAUCGGUACGUGUAGAUUCGUGGUAGAAUGUUUGAUGCCCCAUGGCCGCUUACGGAUUCGUUCAGUCCAGUGCGUAUAAUACGUUCAUGGCUUUGACAAACGCAAGGAGUGUUAGAGUGUUACUGUUGACCGAUCAUUAUAUCCGCAACCGAUAUUUCAUGCUACAAAAGAACGCUUAAGUGUUUACUUCAUAGACUCAAGAAUUAGUCUAGCUAGGACGAAGAGCGGCGUGAGAUUUGCUAGGAGCGCUCAUAAAACAAUGACCAUAUAGUAACAGCGGGGAGUGUACAGCGGGAAAGGAAAGAGUAGGGAACGAACUUAGGACUGUUGGCAACGGUAUGAGACGAAUUCGGUCGUCAGCGUAAGUUGCACGUGAAAUAUGUGAAAAUCGUUUGAAGCCAUGGCUAUCUGCAUACAAAUGGAGCCUACAAGGAAGAUACGAAACAUUGAUUUACCAGCUGAACCGCAGUGUUGCCAAAAAUCACUUCAGGAUCCUCUCCGAUGGCAAGCGUGCAUCGGGUCCAAUGUUAUUCUGUGUAUGAUUGUGUUUAUCGUCAACGUAGCACUGAUAUUCUGUGUCAGCCUAAUUAUCGUUGCGUAUGUCAACAUCAAACUUGGGCCGCGUGAUGAUACGACCAGACGUGUGGUUUGCUAUUAUAGAUGGAAGAUUAACUCCUUAGAGCCAUCUGCAGUUUCUACGAGCUUAUUAUGCACUCAUUUAAUUCUAAGCUUUGCGACCGUCGGCAGCGAUUUCCAAUUGAAUCUUACCGAUGUAGGCGGUAUUGCCGGUGUUAAACAGACAACUGCGUACUUUCGUCUUGACCGUGUCCGCUACAGAGUUAUUAAUGAAAUUCGGAAGAAAACGAAAAUAAGAGCACGCGAAGACUCGGAUCUGUUCAAUAGCAGCGAGUUCAGAUCAGUUCGAGUGAUGCUUUCUGUGGGCGGUGGGGGAGGCAAUGCUCAUUUCGCGGAAAUGGUCGGAUCUCACGACAAUAGGAACGUUUUCCUGAAAUCAUGCGCUGAGGUGAUCCGCAUAACAGCUCUGGAUGGCUUAGAUUUCGAUUGGGAAUUUCCCGGAUUUCGCGACAGGGGCCAACUAGCGACUUUGCUGCGGGACACCUCGGCCAUGUUGAGCGGAAUUGCUAGUAAUCAAUCUGACCCGUUUGAGUUGUCGAUCGCUAUACCGGGACCAUUCACCCUGGCGUUGGGUUUUGAUGUGAGGGAGAUUAGCAGGUACUGCAGUUUCGUUAAUUUAAUGGCAUACGAUUUAGUCCUGUUAAAUUCGGUAUUUCGACAAACAGCUCUACACAGUGCCUUACACGCUCAACCAUCGUGGUGGUACAUUCCAUUUGCGGUCGAUUUCACAGUAUCGUUUUGGUUGAUGCUCGGUCUCACGCGGCCUAUGAUAAAUCUUGGAAUCCCUACAUAUGGCGUGGGAUACGAACUGACCAACAAAUAUCAAACAGGGCUCUUUUCGUCGGUGAAAGGCUACUUGCGCAUGGGCGCUAAUGUAAACUACGAAACGAUCUGUGAGAUUGCAAAAUCUCAACCGAUUAAAACGCACAGGCACGAAGCAUCUGGCGCACCUUUUAUCGAUGACAGCAAUGGGACGUGGAUUAGCUUCGACGACCCAAUUAGCAUCACUAAAAAGGCAUCGUCUCAGUCCCCGAAAAACCCUAUUACACAUAUAAUCAGGCUGUCGGGUAGGCAUUGGAUGGAUCAUUUUCAGGGAUUUUGCCGAUUACUUUUUUAUUUCUAACAAAAAGGAUAUUAUACUGCUAAUAGCUAUAUAAGUAGACAUGUUUGUUGGAGUGGUCAACGUGUAAUACCUUGAGUUUAUAAAAAGUGUUACUGUGCUACGAAACAACGCUUUUGAUCUGUUUGUGUGCGAUAUUUGAUUUUAGUUAGAAUCAGAUGAAGUCCAGUAUAAACCUGAUUGAUAGGUAUACCAAUCCUGUAUGAACAUAAGUCCGCUUCCGAGGCCGUUCUUAAUAGACGUUGUUUAUAUACCGAGAUGUAAGUAUUCCUGCAUUAUUCUUGACACCUUAGACCCUUCUGGAGAAAUUUGUCACAAAGCUUAUAGUAGCAAAUAAAGUAUUAAUUGAUCCGGUCAAACUGUCCCCAACAUGUGUAGUAUAAUACUGAAAGCCAUUUUUCAUAUUUAGAACAUGACAACUGUCACUGUAACCCGACGAAGAAGGGGCAAUCGAGAAGAUCAAAUAUUUUGCCAACAAUAUGUUUCACUUUAUGCUACAGACAUUCGUUAUCGAACAAAAAAAGAUCUUUUGUAAAGAUACGAAGUCUCAGUGUUUCCUUAAAGUCAGAAUUUGGACCACGGCUUAGCCUGUGGAGCGACUGUAACGUCUUUCAGAAAUUAUUUUUGAAAUUUAUGAAUACCCACCAACAUAUAUAUAUAUAUACACACAUAUGUGUAUUAAGUGUGUCUAAUUCUAUAGGUACAUAUUCAUGUAUGCCAACGUCUCUCAUGUCUAGUUAAAUUUCUAUGUUACGAAUAUCGAUUGGUGUUAUUUUGCCCCUGUGAAAUUUCGAGACCUCAUUUUCUAUUGCACGCCGGGUAUGUCUCUCGUGUGAGACCCACAUAGGAUUAUAUGCGGAAGUCACUUUCACGCCGUAGCGUAAAUUAAUCUUCUGCGUCAGAAUACGACAAUAACAACAACGCGAUUGGCCUUCUGUGUGUUCUAUUACUUAUAUUUGAAUUUAUUUCAGUAUGAUACAAAAAAAAAAAUAAAACAGAGACAGUAUAACAAUAUUACAUCUGUUUCUAAUAUAGUAUAGGCCCAAGCACAACUACCAGGUCGUAAACAAAUAAAGCUGAUCGACAUUCGAUUACGGAUUAUCGAUCAGUUCUGAACGAUGCCGAACGACCUCUAGCCUGUAUCCUCGAAGCCAUAGAAGGAAAGAC